CCCGAUUUACAUUCCGGUCUUCAGGGUCACAAUUCAUACAUGAGCGGUCUUGGAACGUCACAAACAAUCAAACGGAACGAACAAGCCGGACUUAUACUCAUCCAGCGAAAGACUACCCAUGAUCCAUGGAUAUCACCCCCGCGAUGUUUCCCGCCAAGAUGCGGCUUCUGUGAAUUCCGUACCCCGUUGGUUAAAGUUGGUGGAAGUUGGUUUUCGUUAACGUAAAAUGUGUAGUACGCGGUAGUAGCGGGGCUGGAGUCGAGUUAUAUAACUACUAGGUACGUUCGUAAUUAAAUAACUUAAACCUUGAUUCAUUUCUUGUCCCCUCUCUUCUAUCUUUCUCUCUUGCUCUCAGCAUAUUUCAUAUACACGAUAAUACCCGUGUGAAGUGCUAUAACAACCCAUCCAUACUCUAUAUUCUCUACUUCAUCCACUUAAAUCACGGCGAAGAUGGCGGAUAUCGACGUGGAACAGGUCCUCAAGAAGCUUUCUAUGAGCGACAAGGUCGACUUGUUGGCGGGUAUCGACUUCUGGCAUACGAAGGGGCUUCCAGAACACGGAAUCCCUUCGCUACGCUUAACUGAUGGACCAAAUGGUGUUCGAGGAACCAAAUUCUUCAAUGGCGUCAAGGCCGCUUGUUUCCCCUGUGGGACAGCGUUGGGAGCUACCUUCAAUCAAGAACUGCUAGAGGAAGCUGGAAAGAAGAUGGGAGAAGAGGCCAAGGUAAAGGGAGCACACGCAAUCUUAGGACCUACUAUAAAUAUGCAACGAGGUCCCCUUGGUGGUCGAGGGUUCGAAUCGCUUGGUGAAGACCCAUUCUUAGCCGGUUUAGGUGCUGCCGCUCUCGUCAGGGGCAUCCAGUCAACCGGAAUCCAAGCUACCAUAAAGCAUUUCGUGUGUAAUGACCACGAACACAAGCGAAAUGCCGUGCAAGCAAUCAUAACAGAGCGAGCACUGCGCGAAAUCUACGCGCUGCCAUUCCAGCUAGUAGUCCGAGAUGCCAACCCGGGCUCAUUCAUGACGGGUUACAAUGGAGUUAACGGAACAUAUUGUUCUGAGAAUCCUAAGCUGCUAGAUCAAAUGCUUCGCAGCGAAUGGGGAUGGGAUGGGAUGGUAAUGAGCGAUUGGUAUGGUACCUACACAACUACCGAAGCCGCUUUGGCUGGCCUAGAUCUUGAGAUGCCUGGUCCUCCACGGUUUAGGGGUGAACCGCUCAAGUUCAAUGUCUCAACCGACAAGGUUCGGAAACACAUUCUCGACCAACGCGUGAAGGCGAUGUUAGAAUUCGUCAAGAAGUGCGCUGCUAGUGGCGUGAAAGAAGAUGCCCCCGAAGGCACAGCCGACACCCCUGAGACGGCUGAGCUGUUGCGGCGGAUAGGCAAUGAGGGGAUAGUGUUGUUGAAGAACGAUCAAAAGAUUCUUCCCCUUCAAAAAGACAAGAAGACUGUUGUCAUUGGACCUAACGCCAAGGUUGCAACAUACCAUGGAGGUGGAUCUGCAUCAUUAGCUGCGUACUAUGCUGUAACUCCGUUCGACGGUAUCAGCAACAAGCUAUCUUCACCACCAGAUUACACAAUUGGUCAAUAUUCACACAAGCUGCUUCCCCUCCUCGGCUAUUCUACUAAAUCAACAAAGGGAGAGCAAGGAAUAACCAUGAAGGUUUACGUGGAUGGUCCAGAAGUCUCGAAUAGGCAACCUGUUGACCAGCUUGAGUUACUGAAGACGGAGAUGCUCUUCAUUGAUUACGAAAACCCACAUCUAAAGGGCCCUCUAUGGUAUGCGACCCUCGAAGGAUCUCUAGUUGCCGAAGAAGACGCCACAUGGGAAUUCGGAGUGGUCGUAUCCGGGACGGCUAAUCUUUAUAUCAACGACGAAUUGAUCGUUGAUAAUACCAAGAAGCAGACAUUGGGAGAUGCAUUUUUCGGGAGCGCUACUGUAGAGGAGAAGGGCUUCUAUAAGCUUGAAAAGGGCAAGACGUACCGCUUCCAGGUUACCUUUGGAUCGAGCCCAACAUCUAAACUUGGAGGUGGUGCGGUUCUUCUCAAUGGCGGCGCACUUAGGAUCGGUGGUUGCAAGGUCAUCGACCCUAAGGCUGAGAUUGUUCGCGCUGUUGAGCUAGCUAAGGGGGCUGAGCAAGUAAUCGUGUGUGCCGGCCUCAACGCUGAGUGGGAGACUGAAGGCAACGACCGUGCCGACAUGAGCCUCCCUCCUGGAAUGGAUGACUUGAUAUCUGCUGUUGCCAAAGCUAACCCUAAUACGGUCGUUGUUAUGCAAUCCGGUACUCCAGUAGAGAUGCCUUGGAUCAGGGAUGUAAAAGCCCUCAUCCAUGCGUGGUACGGCGGGAAUGAGACGGGAAAUACGAUCGCGGAUGUUCUCUUCGGCGAUGUAAAUCCAUCGGGGAAGCUCAGCUUAAGUUUUCCGGUUCGCGUCCAAGACAACCCGGCAUAUUUAAACUACCGAACUGAGGGUGGCCGCGUUGUCUACGGCGAGGACGUCUAUAUCGGCUAUCGCUAUUACGAAUUUAUCGACCGCACAGUCCUAUUCCCCUUCGGGCAUGGUCUCAGCUAUACAACUUUCCACUUUUCAGACUUGUCAGUGACGGACAAAGAGGGUGAGCUGACCGUAUCGCUGGCAGUGAAGAACACCGGUAGUGUAAAGGGUGCCGAGGUUACUCAAGUUUACGUAGCACCAAAGCAGAAAGCUAAGGUAAAUCGGCCUAUUAAGGAGUUGAAAGGGUUCGCCAAGGUGGAGCUGGAUCCGGGUGAGACUAAGAUAGCGACAGUGAAGGUACAGACAAAAUAUGCGGCUGGCUACUGGGACGAAGAGCGCGACCAGUGGUGCGCCGAGGAAGGAGAAUACGAAGUCAUAGUCAGCAAUUGUAGUGACGUGACACCGGAAAGGUCUAUUAGGGGUUCGUUCAAGGUGGCCGAGACUUUCUGGUGGUCUGGAAUAUGAUACUCAUAACUGGGUACUUACCUAGGACUUAGUAUAGGGCUAGCAAUGGAAUGGUAUGAAUUUAUUUUAUUAUGCUGAA